AUGCUUUACAGCAAUAUCGUCAAUUGCAUCGUGCUUCAAAGUAAAAUCUUUCAAACCACUCGUGACACAUUGAUGAAAGUACCUGGCUCAUUCCUUUAUCGUUUAUGUCAGGAUGACAAGAGACUGCCCAGCGUAAAGGAUGAGACUGGUGCCUACUUGAUCGAUCGAGAUGCAGAUUAUUUUUCACCCGUUUUAAAUUACCUCAGACACGGCAGGCUUAUAAUAAAUCCCGGUUUAGCCGAUGAAGGAGUUCUGGAAGAGGCGGAAUUUUACAAUCUACCUCAAUUGGUGCACCUCGUAAAUGAGAGGAUUCAUGAAAGGGAAAGAAGCUCGAAUGAAACUGGGCGAUUCAAAAGCGUAUAUCGUGUGAUUCAAUGUCAUGAAGAAGAACUGACCACAUUCAUUUCGGCAACAAGCGAUGGCUGGAAAAUUGUCCAGGUUCUUCCUGUGCAGAGCAGAUACCAGGAUUACACAGUUGAUAGGCAGCAAGAGUAUUUAUGUAUUGUUGUGCGAGAAUGUCCUGAUAAUGGUUCGGUCAGCGAUAGCCGCGAUAGAGCAACUCUGCUCCAACAGAAAGCUAGACGUAGGUUGUAUUGCUUCUUUCUAUCUUUGUUUCGCUAA